AUGCACGAACCUCGUGAAGUAGUUCCUCUGGAGCGCGCUUUCCUGGACGUUCCCGACGUCUCGGAGGACGUACAUUGGCUUUUGCGCCGGUUCGUCAACGAAGACGGUGUCGUCCUGGGUUGGGGCCUUUGUCGCAACGGUGAACUGGGGACGGGUACUCGGAACAACGUCAUUACGCCGUUUAUCAUUGGUGGUUUGGAUAAACCGAUUCGCAUAGGAUGCUCCUCCAUGACCUCCGUGUGGCUAGGCGUCCGCGGUGCUGUCCUUACAAUGGGUGGUGGCAUGUGGGGUGAACUUGGCGUUCCGGACCCACAGGUGAUGCCACUUCUCUCCUGCACUGAACAUGGCGUGCCUAUUUCAACCGCACAAAUUGAUCUCCGGCAAUUCAAUUGGAAUGAGAUGAUUGUGGACGUCAAGGGAGGGCAUGCAUUUUUUGCUGCACUUUCUAGCAAAGGGGAGGUGUUAUUGUGGGGGGCAAACGAUUACGCCCAAUGUACUCCUGAGGUAAGGGGAGCGUGCUGUGCAACACCACGCAAACGCCGUGUGGCGGCUGAGAGAAUUGUGGAGGUUGCUUGCGGCAACUAUACCGUUUUGGCCCUCUCAGAGCGUGGUGAAGUAUACGGCUGGGGCUACACCCUUCUCCUUGGCGAGGAGGAAUCGACGUGGAAGACGUUGCCCCCGAAUCAUUUGAAAAGAGUGAUUGUGGAUGGCGAAGAGAGGGGUACCGUCGUGCAACCUGUUAAAAUUCGUUCGUUGAGUUCCAAGUCGAUAAGCCACAUACGGAUGGGACCGUGGCAUGCCUUUGCGUUUAGCAGUGAAGGCCGUGCUUAUAGCUGGGGUCUAGGGGAGGGUGGCCGACUGGGGCACGGUGACGAGGAAAACGUCAGCUUACCAAAGGAAGUCAAGGGGCUUAAAUCAGCUGUGGUUGAGGUUGCGUGCGGCAGUUUCCACACAUGUUUGGUAACCUCCAGCGGCCUCGCGUACGCCUGUGGAGAUAACCAAGGCGGCCAAUGCGGAGUCCCCGGUGAAGUCAUAGUUACAACCUUUCGUCAACUCGACCUUCCACUACGCCAUAAGGUGAUAUCGGCGUCGUGUGGGCGACACCAUACGUUGCUGCUUUUAGAAACGGGAGAAGUCGUAGCAUACGGAACGGGGUUGGGCGUUGGUGUAGGACUGGGGCACGGCUUGCGGAUGAUACGAGGUGUUCCCAUCAUGGACAACUACAUAUCACUAUGGCUGACAAGUGGGUCGUGCCACAACUUCUCCCUUAGCUUACCCAAGAACCUUUCCAUGCUUAUACUAGGGCUGCCACACCGGGGGGUUCACAGUGCGAUUUCAGUCAUUGGGGUAAAGGAGGGACUCUUAACUGCUGCUUUGGGACAGGGCUUUUCCAUCAUAUUGAAUAGACGCGGCGUGUGUUAUGCAAUGGGAAUGGGUGGAUGGGGACAACUCGGCAUUGACCUCAGUAAAGUGCGGGAUUUCACUCACGAUAGGGUGCCUGUUGUGCGGCAUGCCACCAAAAUAACCAGUCUUAGUUCCUCAGCGAUCGUGCAAGUUAGCGCCGGGAUUUGCUUCUCGGCGGCACUCAGCGAUACCCAGCGUGUCUUUACGUGGGGAAGCAACGUGUACGGUCAGUGUGGACUCGGUGUUAGUCCUAUAGAGAACCCACGCAUUGCUGAACCUCAAGAAAUUGGAUGGCUUGCCGAUAAGAUGAUCGUCCAAGUGGCGUGUGGUUGUUUUUUUGCUCUGGCGCUGAGUGCAACUGGUUGCGUUUACAGCUGGGGCAACAUUGAGUGUUGUGGCGUGGGCGACUUGCCGCUGCCACCGGAGAUACCAGACAACCUUGUAAUGGAGUCGUUAGGAAACGAUAGCACUGCCAGUAUCCUUAUGCCAGUGGAAGUGCCAAGUCUUUCCAACAUCGUAGCCGUGGCAGCUGGGGCUUGGCAUGCAAUGGCGUUGAACGCUGCGGGGGAAAUUUACGCAUGGGGCAUUGGUGCUUGUGGACGACUUGGUUACGGUGGAGAAGAUGACCGCAUCACUCCUGUGAAGGUGUUGCUUUCCGCUUUCGCUACAAAAAUUGGAUGCGGACCCUUUGGGAGUUACGCCAUCACCGAUGAAGGCAAGCUGUAUGUGUGGGGCGCCAAUGGAAGGGCUCAGCUUUCUGCUACAGGAAGCCGCAUUCUCCUUCCAACGCAUGUGCUCGAUGAUGUGAUGGAGGCCACAUUGGGGAAGUAUUUUGCCCUUGUCCUUACUCGCUCCCGUGAGUUCAGGUUUUCGGGCGUGAUGGAGCACCAGAAGGGCGUGUACGUCAGCGAGUCGUUUAACGACCUGAGGAAUAUACCUCCAGAGUUAUCCAGGGACAACCUGUCGAUGGAAGGAUGCCAAGGCGUACGAGUGUUUGCCGGGGUGGAGCAUGCAAUUGUGCUCGUGGAAAAGGACCCACUACCACCAGCUGUGGUUACUGAGCUGCACUACACGUUGCGGGAUCGGCCGGCGCAAAUUAUCAGGCGAAGUGCCCGUUAG